UCCCCACACACACACACACGCUUCAAACCAAAAAACAAACAAACUGUAUUUUCAAGCGCCCAAUGCAGCGGCGCAAGAGUUAAACCCUAUAAACCUUGCAACUUGCAAUUAAAUUAUUUCCUCAACAAGCUAAUUACUUCAAAUUAUUUGCUGUACUUUGAACAAUUUGAUUCAAUUCAUUGUAAUAAGCGGAACAAAUUCGCGCUCAAAAAUGCUGCAAAGCAAAUCCUUUGUCAAGAAAACCAAGGGAGGCAAAGUUGUCAAGGUUGUUCGAGAACACUAUUUAAGAGAUGAUAUCUACUGUGGAGCUUCAAUUUGUAAAAUUUGUGAUUCUUCAGUUGCUCGUUUAAGCUCUGAUGCUUCCACUCUACUUAUUCUCGAUACUAAUGUUGUUCUAAAUCAGAUUGAUUUACUUGAGAAUCCAGCAAUUGAUGAAGUGGUGGUGUUGUCAGUGGUGUUGGAUGAGGUUAAGAAUAAGAAUCUGUCUGUUUACAACAGGCUUAGAGCGCUUUGCGGCAAUUCUCAAAGGAAGUUUUUUGUUUUUUCAAAUGAGCAUCAUAAGGAGACCUAUGUCAAAGGUAUGAUUGGUGAAAGUCCAAAUGAUCGAAAUGAUAGAGCAAUUCGUGUGGCAACUCAAUGGUAUCAGAAACAUCUAGGCUCUGCAGUACGAGUCUUACUGGUUACCAAUGAUAGGGAGAACAAAAGGAAAGCAAAUGAGGAAGGCAUACUUGCUGAGACAGUUGAGUCAUAUGUCAAAUCACUGGGUCAACCAGCAUUGCUCGAUCUGGUUGCGCAACCUGCAUCUGAGGACAUGGUGAUGGACGGUGUUGAAGACUUGAGACCUUCCAAGAGGAAAGUCAUUUACAGUGAGCAUAAACCAAUGUCUGAGAUCACUGCUGGUUUACACCGUGGCAUUUACCAUCAAGGAAAACUUCGUGUUAACCGUUAUAAUCCAUUUGAAGCAUAUGUUGGAAGUGAAAGUAUUGGGGAUGAGAUAGUCAUACAUGGACGAACAAACAUGAACAGAGCUUUCGAUGGUGAUAUAGUGGCUGUGGAACUUUUGCCUCAAGAUCAGUGGCAUGGAGAGAAGUCUAGAAUAGCAGAUGAAGAGGAUGAGGAAGAUGAAAAUGUUCGACUAGCUCCAAAUAGUGCUGAUGAUGCACCCAGAAAUACAAAUGUCCAAGGCUCCAGUGCAGAUGAUACUCCUGGUCGUCCAUCUGGACUUGUCGUGGGUGUCAUAAAGCGUAACUGGCACUCUUAUUGUGGAUCUCUAGAACCAAUGUCUUUGCCUGCUGGUAGUGGUGGCACUGUCCAUGCUUUAUUUGUUUCAAAGGAUCGAAGGAUACCUAAGAUUCGUAUUCAAACUCGACAGCUUGGGAACCUUUUGGAUAAGAGAAUUAUUGUGGCUGUUGACUCUUGGGACCGUUUAUCUCGCUAUCCCUCUGGUCACUAUGUCCAAACCAUUGGAGUAAUUGGUGAUAGGGAAACUGAAACUGAGGUGGUACUAAUAGAGAAUGAUAUAAACUCUCGACCAUUUUCCUCUCAAGUGUUGGCUUGUUUGCCACCAUUACCAUGGUCAGUGUCUCCUGAACAUCUAUCUGAUCCCAACAGAGAGGAUCUAAGAAAUUUGCGAGUUUUUAGCGUUGAUCCUCCAGGUUGCCGGGACAUUGAUGAUGCGCUCCAUUGUAUACCUCUCCCAAAUGGAAACUUUGCAGUGGGAGUCCAUAUAGCUGAUGUGACUAAUUUUGUCCAUUCUGGAACUCCUCUUGAUGACGAGGCUUCACAAAGAGGGACAUCGGUGUAUCUUGUGGAGCGGCGAAUUGACAUGCUUCCGAAACCUUUGACGGAAGAUAUCUGCUCCCUCAGAUCAGAUGUGGAAAGGCUGGCCUUUUCUGUUAUUUGGGAAAUGACGCCACAAGCAGAUAUUAUAUCUUCUAGGUUCACAAAAAGUGUCAUCAAGUCAUGUGCAGCAAUGUCAUACGUUGAAGCUCAAGCGAGGAUGGACGAUAGUCGUCUGGUCGAUCCGCUAACAACCGAUCUUAGAAAUAUGAAUACUUUAGCAAAGAUAAUGAGGCAACGGCGUAUAGAGAGAGGAGCCUUGACACUUGCUUCUGCAGAGGUUAAGUUCCAGAUUGAUACUGAAACUCAUGAUCCUCUUGAUAUUGGAAUGUACCAAAUACGAGAAGCUAACCAAAUGGUCGAGGAGUUUAUGCUUGCUGCCAAUGUUUCAGUUGCAGGCAAAAUACUGAAACAUUUUCCAUUUUGUUCAUUAUUAAGGCGUCACCCUUCUCCAACACGAGAGAUGCUUGAGCCUCUGCUACGCACUGCUGCUGCCAUUGGUCUUGAUUUGGAUGUCUCAUCAUCUAAGGCACUUGCUGAUUCACUUGAUCGGGCUGUGGGUUCUGAUCCUUAUUUCAACAAGCUGAUCCGGAUUCUAGCAACAAGAUGUAUGACACAGGCAGUAUAUUUCUGCAGUGGAGAUCUCAGUCCUCCGGAGUAUCUUCAUUAUGGUCUUGCUGCUCCCUUGUACACUCAUUUUACCUCUCCUAUCAGGAGAUAUGCAGAUGUAGUAGUACACAGGUUAUUGGCUGCAUCCAUAGGGAUAUCCAAGCUUCCAGCAAUAUUUCAGGAUAGGCCUCAACUUACUAGUAUUGCUGACAAUUUGAAUUAUCGACAUAGAAAUGCCCAAAUGGCUGGCCGGGCUUCAGUUGAGCUUCAUACACUAAUAUACUUUAGAAAACGGCCCACUGAUGCAGAGGCCCGAAUAGUGAAGAUACGAUCCAAUGGUUUUAUUGUAUUUGUGCCCAAGUAUGGUAUUGAGGGGCCCGUGUAUUUAACUGCAAGAGGUGACAAGGGGAAUGGAGACUGGGUGGUAGACGAGCAGCAUCAGCUGGUUAAAAAGGCAGAUGAGAGCGUUAGCUACAAUGUUUUGCAGAUGGUGAAGAUUCAUCUGGAGGUGGUAGAACCGCAGCCAAAUAGGCCUAAACUUCAACUUACUCUUACAGAAUAAUUGGCAAUUCUCAUUUUACUUUGUUCAUUGCGAGGCACAAAAGCUAUCCGUACCAUUGAUGUUCCUUUUAGAAGUAAUUUGUUAGCUUUCCUCUGCAAAUUAUGAGGUACGAGUUCCAAGUGAUCUCCUGUAAAACUGAGUUGGUUCAAGUAACAUUUCUCGUGAAGUAAAUAUCAAUGAGACCUGGUAAGAUUUGAUCCAA